AUGUUAUCCUUUGCUUUCCUUCCCCGACGGCUUCCCGCCGUAAUUCAAACCUUACGACAGUUCAAUUCUUGUGCUCAGGUGGAGCCAAAUGACUUGAAUUCGAAUUCGAUCGAAGCCGGUCCAGACCUGAGUUGUUCGUAUACGUAUAGCUGUAACUGUGAGAUAACAAAGUUGGGCCGCUGUGGCAAAGUGAAAGAUGCAAGGCACCUGUUCGACGAUAUGCCUCAACCAGAUGCCGUCUCUUAUGCGUCCAUGAUCAAUGUUUACUUAAAGAACCAUGAUCUCCCCAGUGCAGAGAGGCUCUUUCAGGCGAUGCCCACCUCUAAUAUUGUCGCUGAAUCUGCAAUGAUUAGUGGAUAUGCCAAGGCCGGCCGUAUUGGUGACGCUCGUCACGUUUUUGAUCGCAUGGAAAACAGAAAUGUGUAUUCUUGGACCAGCCUGAUAUCCGGGUAUUUCAGUUGCGGACAAGUUGACGAGGCCCGUCGGCUUUUUGGUCAUAUGCCUGUAAAAAAUGUGGUGUCCUGGACUACUAUGAUUCUGGGUUACGCGCGCAACGACGUGGUUGAUGAAGCGCGCCAUGUGUUUAACCUUAUGCCCGAAAGGAACACCGUCUCAUGGACAGUUAUGAUCAAGGCUCUUAUUGAUAAUGAUCAAUUUGAUGAGGCACUUAGCCUCUUCAAUGAUAUGCCACAGCGCAACCUGUAUUCUUGGAACAUCAUAAUCUUGGGUCUUCUUAUUGCAAAUAGAGCAAGUGAAGCCAUCAAACUCUUCGAUUCAAUGCCUUGCAGGAAUGCAAUUUCUUGGACUACUAUGGUUACGGGUCUGGCACACAACAACAUGGCUCAACUUGCAAGGGAGUACUUUGAUCGCAUGCCUAACAAAGAUGUAGCUGCCUGGAAUGCUAUGAUUGCAGCAUAUGUUGACCAAGGCCUUGUGGCAGAAGCCGCUGAGCUGUUCAGUUUGAUGCACGAAAGGAAUGUUGUUACUUGGAAUCUGAUGAUUGAUGGUUAUACCAAAAGUGGAUCAAAAGAAGAAGCCUUAAAGCACCUAAUUCUGAUGCUUCGAUUUUGCUUCAGACCUAAUGGGACUACAAUGGCUAGUGUGUUGAGCUCAUGCGAGGGCAUGAUGGAGCUAAUGCAAUCUCAUGCACUGGUCCUAUUACAUGGGUUUGAGCAUGACACUGUGGUUGUGAAUACACUAGUUACUAUGUAUUCCAGAAAUGGGGAUGUUACUUCUGCUAGGUUUGUUUUUGAUCAUCUUAGGGAAAAGGAUAUGGCAUCAUGGAAUGCAAUGGUGUCAGCGUAUUCAAAUAACGGGUAUGGUCACCAUGCAUUGCAGGUCUUUGCUCACAUGUUAAGAUCAGGAACCAAGCCAGAUGAAAUUACUUUUGUUGGAGUCUUGUCGGCUUGUAGCCAUGCUGGUCUUGUCAACAAAGGUCAAAGGGUUUUCAAUUCAAUGAACCAUGUCUACGAUAUAGAACCAAAGGCUCAGCAUUAUUCCUGCCUUGUAGAUAUAUUAGGCCGAGCAGGACUAGUGGAUGAGGCUACAAAGGUAGUACGCAUGAUGCCUGCUUCUGAGAAGGAUGCUGCUGUUCUAGGAGCAUUGCUUGGUGCUUAUAGGUUCCAUGGAGAUAUUAGAAUGGCAAGUCUUAUCGGGGAGGCGCUUCAAGAGUUAGAGCCAGGUAGCGCCGGGGGGUAUGUACUCUUAGCUACCAUCUAUGCUGCACGUGGAAAAUGGGAUGAAUUUGCUCGAGUAAGAAAAAAGAUGAAGGAGAGGAAAGUGAACAAGGUUCCUGGUUUUAGUCAAAUACAAGUGAAGGGCAGGAGUCAUGUAUUCUAUGCAAGGGACAGAUCUCAUCCUCAAGCUGCUGAGAUUUGGGGACUGCUACAAGAGAAGCUCCUACCACACAUGUGGGAGAUGAGAUACUCAAAGUAUCGAUCACCAGAACAGGAAUUGAAUUAAUCAAUUUUACUAACCAUGUAAAUUGAGAAGAUGAACAUCAGAGAGGCUUAAAUUAAUUGUACAACCGAGUAACAGACUAAUGUAAUCAUAUUUGCUUGUGGUUAUCAGACAAUUAGUUGAUUCAU